UGAAAAUUUCUUUAGAAUUGGGAUCAUUUGGAAAUUGUGACAAUGGAAAAACGCGAAGCAAAUUGUCGGAAGAACAAUAAAUUUGUUAAAAGUGGAGCGAGCUCGUUUGAAACUGGUCGUGUGUCUCUUAGUCUGUGGUUUACAUAAUCCAACAACUGUGGUAUAAAACUUGUUGUAUAGUGGUGACUGCUGUGUGACGAAAAAUCAAAAAUUCAAGACGAUUUACUCGAUAAUUGAACUUUCAAAUUUUAAUAACAUAAUUUAAAAAAAAAAGUGAUAAUUCGAAAUGGAAUAAAAAAAAAAGAAAACCUUAGUGAAUGAUCUAUGACUCUUUGUCUAUCAAUACGGAUAAUUGGAUUUCUUUGAAAUUGAAAUGAACGAGGUGCGUCAUGUCUGGACGAGCUUACGAACGUCAUCGAGAAGUUCGACGUUAAAUUCUAAUAUGAGUAACGAUGGUAAUCGUGAUAGUAAUCGUGCAUCAAGUUCGACAUGGUACGAUAUACCGACACCUAUAAUAAUACACUGUCGUGAUUUUCGCGAGAACGAAGUUGAAAUGAUUAAUGACAAAAUGGAAGAAGAUCAAAAGUGUCAAGAAAAAGAAGAUAAUGAACAAAAUGUACGAGUUGUAUCUACAAAUGACAAAAUUCACAUUGACGAAGUAUUAUACGAGAAUAAUAUAGAUAUAGUUAAACAAGAAAAUAAUACGAAUGAUAUACAAGAUGAAUCGAGAUUAUUAAAGAUUAUCUCGAACGAUUCUAAAACGAACGAAGAACAACGACAAGUUUCUUUGGAAGAUAAGAAUAAAAAGCACAUUAAUAGCGUCGAAUUAAUGGCAACAACAUCGGUGAAAACCGACGAGCAUGGUAUGCCAACGAUAAGUUUCAGCUUUCUUCAAGGUGAUGAAUUACUCGAAAGGAAUACCCAUCAAAUAGAUGAGAUCAAGAUUGAUGAUAAAAAUGAUAUUACAGAAGAUGCAUUAUUGGAUAGAUUGUACGAUUUUCCGAAAAAAUCGCCUAACGACAAGGAUAAAGUAGAACUUAGUCGUUGUCAUCGUAAUGAUGAAAAUUCUGAUGACGUAAUUGGUGAAUUAUACGACAAACCAAAAGCAUUGUCGAGUGAAAAAUUAUUUUUCGAUCUUUCGCAAAAGCAAGAUAACGAUGUGACGACGAMGACGACGAAGACAACUGAUAAGGAGAUUAAUAAUAUUACUGAAAGAAAAUUUAUAAGAACUGCAAAUACAUUGCACGGAUCUUCCGUUAGAUCGUUGAAAUGGAAAAAACAUCGUAAACAUUCGGAAAAUAAUAUUGGAGUAACUUCAACGUCUGGUUGUUAUUCGGAUCCCGAAUGUUCCAACGAUACUACGUCCAACACGUCACGUGGACGUCUUAGAUUGGAGAAACGUAAAUUGGGUAAAGCUUGGGGAAAAAUGAGAAAUUGGUUGAAAGAUGAGAAGAGUAAACUCAGUGAAGUUAUUCAACGACACGCACGAAUGCAAAACGUCGGUGCUAUGAUCAAUAAUGACCCUAACGACGACGACGACGACGACGAUCAUGGUUUAUCUUUCAAGGACAAUAAAUUGAGUAAAGGUACGAGACAUGCUUCUUACGAUUUAACCAAAGCUCGAACCCAACAAUUGGGUUCUAUCACUAGGGUCGAGGAAUUUGGUUUAUCAUCGAUAACAAAAAAUGAAACCAAUGAAGAGGAUCGUGAAAAUGUGUCUAACGUCACUAAACGUUCAAAUUCAGGUUCACCAGAUUCUGAGAAAGUUUUUAUCGAUGAAACAAAUCCGGGAGAUGAUUCACCAACCUGUAGAAGAAAAGUAUUGUCUAAAACGGCUAGUUCCGAUGAUAUUGUUGGUAAUGGAAAGAAAAGUCCGAUUUUGCCGGUCUCUUUCAGCAUGGACAAACUUUGUUCUGAUACGGAAAACGAUGAGACUAGUGCACGUAGUACCGAGUUAGAAACGACAAGGGAUCGCAGUGGGAAAGGCGGCAUGAUUAAGAAGAGAAUGUUGGGGUCAAUCAGGGGGUUAAUGGCCUCCACUCAUCUCCUACAGACCAACGAUAUACACGAAGAGGGAGGUCAAAGUGGAUUCGAAGAUAUUCGAAGAUAUGUUAAACAAGGUGGUGAUUUUUGCAAAGAGUUGGCAUCAAUUUUACACGAAAGGGCUGAACUGGAAGCAACGUAUGCUAAAGGUUUAAGUAAAUUGAGCGGUAAAUUAACGAAGGCUUGUUCCAAAGAUCAAAGUGGAAACAGUAAUGGAGGUGUGAACGAAGCAUGGAGAUGCGUCGGAGAAGAAAUGGAAGCUGCCGCUGAAGCCCAUAGAGUAUGGGGCAUUGCGUUAGGUGAACAAUUAGCUAAACCUUUAAGAGUGGGCGUGGCAGAGGCUCAAGGUCGUUCGAGAAAAUCCAUCGAAAAUUCUGUGGACAAGGCAUUAAAGUCUCUACAGGAAUGGCGUAACAUCGCAUCCAAAACUAAGAAACAAAGUUUUGCUUGUGCGAGAGAGAACGAAAGGCUGCAGGAUUUGGCAAGGCUUCAAUCGAUCAGUCAAAGCCAACAAAAUAAUAAUAAAUCGUCUAAUCAUCAUAUGACGGAAAAAGAAGCGAAUAAAUUAGAAGCUAGAAGGAGGAAAGCCGAAGACUCAUCUCGUAGAGCUGAUACAGAAUUUUACACGGUUAGCGUAAGAGCUGAAAGAGCUAGAUUGGAGUAUGAAAAUACUGUGAGAAAAGGAUCUAAACAAAUGGAACUUCUCGAGGAAGAACGUUUGAGUGCUUUGAAAGAUCUUGCUAAUGUUUAUUUGGCACAUCUGCAGGCUCUUGCUCCUCGUUUGCAACAGAGUGCCGAUCGUGUAUCGACGCCUGUAAGAAAUUGUAAUGUAUCUCAAGACGUGGAAAUUUUGAAGAAUCUUAUACGUAGAACGGAAACUAAUGAUACGGUCAACGCGGAACAAUUACUUCCAGAUUUUUAUGCGGAACAUAUAACGUUAGCUAUGAACAGAGAACGAAGAAAACAAUCGUUAGUUAGAAUUCUGCAUUUAAUAAGACAAGAUUUAGAAAGAGAAAGGCGAGGAAGGGAAGGACUGGAAACUUUGCAUAGAGCUUUUAUCAAGACACCUGCAUUUGCAGCUGAUGAAAGUACACAAAAUGUUACGGACAAAUUGCAUCAUAUGCGUUCCAUGUUGUUAUAUUUGGAAGCAGCAAGAUAUAAGGUUGGUGGAACGUUAGCAGAAGUUGAAGGUAGCAAAAGAAAUAAACAUCCAUUAGCAGAACAUAUAUUAGUCUCUAGAGAUAAACAAGGACUUCAACAAAGUGUUCUCAAGAUUCCUUCUUGGGCAAGGAAUGAAUCUUUUGAGAUACAAGAUAUCGAUGAUGAAAUAGACGUGCAUUUAGUAAAGGGACACGAAACUGAGAACCGAGACUGGACAGAUAGAACGGCUGGUGAUGGUAAUUCCGAAAAUCCACCAGAUGAAGAAGACUUUAGCGAUUUUGACGAAUUCAGUAGUCAUUCUGAAGACAAUAAUAAUCAAGACGUUGAUGUUACGGAUGAAACACCUAAAUCAGAUAGAACGGAACAAUGCAGGGCAAUAUAUCAUUAUGCUGCAAAUCUCAAUGACGAAUUGAGCCUGAAUCCUGGUGAUCUAAUAACUGUUCAUCGAAAACAGGCGGAUGGUUGGUGGAUAGGUGAAUGUAGAGGACGAACUGGAAUCUUCCCUGCCACAUAUGUUCAAGUAAUACAUUAAAAGAUGUUUUUUUUAUGAAACAUCUUUUGUUGCAAUGUAUUUUUAUGAUUUUUUUUUUCUGCAAACACACGUAUAAUUAAUUAUUAUUUAUCAAAUACCAAGGAACAAAGUGCCAAUGAUUACAAAUUAAAACGACGAUAUAAUAAACGCACAAAAUACGUGAUUAAACCUUAAUUAGCUCAAAACAUAUAAUUUAAUUAAUGUUACCAAACCAUGUUGUAAGAAUAUAACAGGUACUUGUGUAGUAACAAAUAUUAAUGUUCUUAUGUAAUUUGUUCUUUUUACAUUUAUCGCAAUCUAACUUAAAUGAUUUUAUAUAAUGCUAUGAGCUAACUGGUUAAAUCUUUCGUCAUUAGAAAUUGUAUAUAAAUGUUGCCAAUUGUAAAUAUUA